UUUGAUGUAUCUUUUCCUGCUAAUAAUGGUAGCCAUCCCCCUUUUCAAUUCCAAUGCCAUGCCCCAAAUCUGUUACUGCGAAGUAGGCUUAAAUUUUUCGCUCCGCAUCAUUGGCUAAAAUAAAGCUUUUAGACUUCUAGAACAAAUUAACCGAAAAAGUUUGUUGUCAAACCUUUUUUCUUUUUCUGCCCCGUACCACUCACAAAUUUGUACAGCCAUGUCGGAAGAUCAGUUACGAACAAAUAUAGAUUGGGAAAAGAAAUGGCAACAAGGUCGUUCUAGGUGGGACUAUGGUCAACCAAGUCCAGCUCUUGUAACUUUACUGCAAACUGAAGAAGCGAGGGUACUGAUACCGGCCAGUGGAUUGGGCUUGGUUCCGGGCUGUGGUCAUGGUUACGACGUCGAGUUUUUUGCCAGUGAAAAGAGACAUAUGAGAGGCUUAGAAAUUAGCCAAACAUGCGUUGACCUGCUAAAUCAGAAAUACCCCAAUGCAAAAGAAGAGAAUUUUGACUUUAUAUGUGCUGAUUUUUUCGAUUUUGAAGUACCUGAGCAGAAAUACAACUUAGUUUAUGAUUACACGUUUUUGUGUGCGAUGGAGCCCUAUUUGCGUCCUCAAUGGGCUAAGAGAAUGAAUGAAAUUAUUGCUAAAGAUGGUGUUUUGAUUACUCUAAUGUACCCAGUAAACGGUCAAGAAGAAGAAGGCGGACCUCCUCCGUUUCCCCUGAGCGAAGAAAUUUACCACGAUCUAUUGGCCGAUAAUUUUGAGUUAAUGUACAUCAACGACGCUAUCGGACACGCUGAAAGGUUUGGCAUGGAAAAGAUAGCUAUUUGGAAAAAGAAAUAAUCAGACUCUUCCAACCAUUCUUUUUCAUAUACUAUUGUCUUGAGAUAGUCGCUCGUUAAAAGUCUAUCAGAGACGAGACAUAGAACAUACUGCCGUUAAAUGC